ACAGGAAACAAGAUCAUUUUGCUCCGUUAAGAGAAGAGGAAUGGAGAAUCAAUCUUUUGGAAGGCCCCAGAGACCAAAAGGGGGUAAAAUAAAGCAGGCAUUGAAGGUGAUUGUAGUUUUGUCUGUUUGUGCCUGGUUGGUAUAUCAGAUCAGGCACUCAAGGAAUAAGACAAAGAACUAUGGCAGUCAAACAAAGCUUAUUAUAGAACUGGAACUUGCACGUAUCAAUGAGAAAUUCAGGACAAAUAUUGAAGGAAAAGAAAUGGAACUUCAACCAGAAAAUCAAGCUAAGGUACCAUCCAAGAGUAAUUACAAGGAAUCCAGGAUGCAGGAAAACGUGGUGGAGAUUGCCACAAAUGCUGGCGUGACAGAGGAAAUAGAUGGGGUCCAAAGCUUUCAUGAUGAAAAUGGUGUUCCACCUGAUGGUAAUGAAACUGAAAUAGUGGCUGGCCAGGCACACAUGUUGCGCGAAGAAAACAUUUCAAAUGUUGAUAAGGGAAGUUGGUUUGGCAAAAAGUAACAUUUAUGAAGUCACAUAUGGGGAAGAAUCGGAAGAUUAACAAAUAAGCUGUAGAGGAGAUAAUUUUCUAUAGGGUACAGAGGAUAUGUCUUUUUUCUUUAGUUCAUGAAUAUGUUCGAUGUAAUUAGCC